AUGUCAUGUGAAAACAAUAAUUAUACAAGAACACCACCAGAUCUCAAUUUUCCACUCCUAACAACAAGGGGGAAUGUUGAUAACAAUGCAUAUAGGUGGUCAAGUGAAGAGAUUCAGAAACAACUCUACUCGACAGAUAUUCUGUUAAUAUCAGAUGACGAUGCAUUUAUUGCUUGCUAUUCACAUAUGAAGCAGGUUAAACGGGCUUACUCUAAAAAACUCGGAAUGGUAGAUUUUGGGCGAUUUGGUGAUGAUAAUGAUGAAUAUGUGAAAGUUGCAUUGAUGAGACGUUCAAAUGGAGCGAGCGAUACUCAGACGGCUGUGACAAAUGCUGCUGGAAUUUUGUGCCCCAAAGUCGCCCUUUUGGUCGGGAUCUGUGAAGCCAUGAAACCGGAGAAGGCAAAACGUGGCGAUGUUGUGAUUUCUGCAAGAUUGGCAGAUGUUGUUUCGAAUACGGCAAACCCAGUGAGUCGGAAUAUGGCAAAACUUAAUCUGUAUGCGGCUGAUGGUUGGAAUCCACCAUUAAAAGACACGACUAAUUUUGAAGUCGACGUUCACCGACAAGCUUUGAUGUUAAGUGUCCCAGAUGUUAUUAAAUAUUGUGGAAGACAGCUUGAAGACUUAAAAAAUCUUUUUCCAGAUGCAAUUGCUAUUGAAAUAGGGGGAAUAGGUAGGUGGAAACUUCCUACCAGUGAGUGGUUCUACCAUCCGCGUACUCCACACCAGAAAGGCUUCAAGCUAGCGAAUAAAUUUGUUAACCGGUUAGAAAUUCUUAAAAUUUUUAGCCUGAAUGUGAAAGGCUCGUGUGCAUAACUCAGCUUGUGAAUACGUCAGGCGAAAGUCUAUAAAAUUAUCAUGUCUUCUCAUCGCAUCAAGUGUUUUUCAUUUUGUGUUUAAAUUUUAGGUCUAUAUAAAGCGGCACAUGAUCUUAAGAUGGAAUGGACCAUUAUAAGAGGUGUAUCAACUUUGGCAGGUGAGAGUGAUUCAGCCGAGGUGGCGAAACUUUGGAAGCGAUUUGCUAGUGCUAUGGCAGCAUCUGUCGUACACAAUAUGUUCAAAUCCCCUGUUGUUCUCGAAACCUGGCACUGA